AUGCCUGGUGGUAAAGGAAAGUCUAUUGGAGGCAAGGGCGCUCCAAAGGAUGCUGCGGGGAAAACCCAGAAAUCUCACAGCGCAAAGGCUGGAUUACAUUUCCCUUGCGGUCGUGUCAAGCGUUUUCUAAAGAAUACCACGCAAAAUAAGAUGCGCGUUGGUGCUAAAGCCGCCGUUUACGUCACCGCUGUUCUCGAAUAUCUUAUUGCUGAAGUUCUCGAACUUGCGGGUAACGCUGCCAAAGAUCUAAAAGUCAAGCGUAUCACACCCCGCCAUCUUCAACUUGCGAUCCGUGGCGAUGAAGAGUUAGACACCCUUAUCCGCGCGACAAUCGCGUUCGGCGGCGUUUUGCCUCGUAUCAACCGAGCGCUGCUCCUCAAGGUGGAACAGAAGAAGAAGAGCAAGGGUGGCGAUUAA